GCCUCCGUCAGCAAGUCUCUAGCCGAUGCCGUCAAGGAGUACACAAAACGAUAUUCAAUUCCGCCUCCGCCAAACUUUGACAAGUGGUAUGAAUUCGCAAAGGAGCACAACUCCGUCGUCAUUGACGACUUUGAUCAGAUCAACAAUGACUUGCUCCCCUUCUGGGGGCUGAGCCCUGCGAGUCUCCGCGAGAGGACGGAUUCCUUAUUCGCGUAUGGCAGCACGGAGAUGGGCGGCAUGCGCAUUCGGAACGGUUCCCUGGAGCAAUCGCCGUACAUACCGGGAUCCCAUCGCUGGAUGGCAGAUUCUCUACAGAGGAUGAUUGAGCCGUUUGCCCAGUGGUUGCCAGACAUGGAUCUCGCCAUCAAUCUGGCUGAUGAGUGCCGCAUGGUGGUGCCAUAUGAGCGCAUGGAGAGGUUCAAGCGGAAAGGGCAGCAGGAGAAGGAAAAGGUGAAUAAGAGCUAUAAAAGACAGGGGGCUUGGCCCAACAGCUCCUUUUCGCAAUCUCCGUGGCCGCAAGACUUCACUGAACCUAUUCCACGAGGGACGAACGGCGGAAGAGACGGAAUCGACCCAAACUUUACCAACAACAUCCGGACGCCCAUCUUUUACGACUUUGUCGCCCCUUCAUGCCCGCAGGACUCACCCGUGCACAACCGCCGAUGGUGGGAUUGGAGCAAGACCUGCGUCGACUGUCUGAAGCCGCAUUCUGUAGUGACAACCAGCGGUCUGCUACUCGCAAACGUGUCCCUCGCUCACGACCUUUGCCAUCAACCAGACGUCGCCUAUCUCUCUGGCUUCCUGAGCUCUCCGUCUGCCAUGGUAGGCACACGUGAACUCCUCCCCAUCUUCAGCCAGGCACGCGUUGGCGGCUUCUCCGACAUAUUGAUCCCUUCGCCGUGGAAUUUUGAUGAGAAGAGCGCCUUUAAAGAGGAUAGCGGCGUGGAGUGGCAAGAUAAAGUGGACGGCUUGUUCUGGCGCGGGUCGCGAUCGGAUGGCUUCUCGGCCCAUGGACGGUGGCCGGGAUUUUUGCGGCCGCGGUUCGUGAAUGAAGCGUAUAGGAGGGCUGUUAUGUUCCGAGAUGUUGAGGUUCCGACAGUCAACGUCUCCUUCACCGGAGAAGUAUCCAAGUGUGAUGGAAGAGACUGUGCCGCUGAAGCAGAAACCUAUAGCAAAUGGGGUCUCGCCGCGCUGGAUAAAGACACACCACCCCCCAAAGCGAACGAACUGCCUCCCAGUGUUCCGUUCGAAGAGCACUGGCGAUACAGACAUUUGUUAGACAUGGACGGCGCGGGAUUCAGCGGCCGCUUUCUGCCGUUCUUGGAAAGCCGUAGCCUGCCUUAUCGCGCAGCCCUGUUCCGGACCUGGUAUGACGAGAGACUUCAAGCCUGGCACCAUUAUGUGCCUGUGGAUAUCAGGCUCGGAUCGGGACUCUGGUCUAGUUUGGAGACUCUUAUGGGAAGUGAUGGAUACAGGAAUGGCAGGGGACCGGCUAUGGCAAGGAAGGUUGCGGAGCAGGGGAGAGACUGGGCGCAUAAGGCGUUGAGGAAGGAGGAUAUGCAGAUUUACAUGUUUCGUUUAUUGUUAGAGUGGGGGAGGAUCACGCAUGAUGAGAGGGAGAAUCUUGGAUUU